AUGAUAUUCAGGAGAGCGCUGUCGACGAGCAGCAGGCAGUUAUCUCAUGUUGGCAAGAAUCCAGUAAUUAUUCCCUCAUCCACCCAGGUUACCUCCAGUCUAGAUAAACUUAGCGUUAAGGGACCCUUAGGCGAGGAGAGCGUGGAUAUAAAGCCAUUCAUACAGUUAAAGCAAUCAUCGGGCGAUAUCAAGAUUACCGUUGAGGAUAGGAAGAUACCGCUACAGAGAUCCAUGUGGGGACUCACUCGUACACUUGUCCAGAACGCAAUCACUGGAGUUACUGAGGGCUUUAGAGUAAAUGUUAGACUUGUCGGUGUUGGUUAUAGGGCUGCGAUUGAGGGCAGGAACAUUCACUUGAAAUUGGGAUUCAGCCAUCCCGUAAUAAUGCAGAUCCCAGACGGGGUGAAUGCAGAGACGCCUGCUACUAACAAGGUAAUACUCACAGGCUCAAAUAAGCACCAAGUGACUGCAUUUGCAGCUGCUAUUAGGCAUUGGAGGAAACCAGAGCCAUACAACGGUAAAGGUAUCUUUAUCAAUGACGAAACCAUCCAGAGGAAAGACAAGAGGUGA